GAGGGGAAGGGAGGGGGAGGCAGCACUUGGGCUGCAGCUCUCAAGCCCAGGCAGUCAGUCUCUCUCAGCGCUCAGAAAGACCGAGAGGCAGCGACGGAGUAGGAUGCUCCGAGGGGCGCUCUGAGCCCUUUUGAAGCAGAUUCGGGGACCGGGGCAAUUGGAUAGCUUUCACCAUGCAUCAGUCCCUGACUCAGCAACGGUCCAGCGACAUGUCCCUGCCCGAUUCCAUGGGAGCCUUCAAUAGGAGGAAGCGGAACUCCAUUUAUGUCACUGUGACUUUGCUUAUUGUGUCUGUGUUAAUUCUCACGGUGGGCCUCGCUGCAACUACCAGGACCCAGAACGUGACUGUGGGAGGUUACUACCCUGGAGUUAUUCUUGGCUUUGGAUCAUUCCUUGGAAUCAUCGGAUCAAACCUUAUUGAGAACAAGCGGCAGAUGCUGGUGGCUUCUAUCGUGUUUAUCAGCUUUGGCGUGAUUGCAGCUUUCUGUUGUGCCAUAGUUGAUGGGGUCUUUGCUGCCAGACACAUUGAUUUGAAACCACUCUAUGCUAACCGGUGCCACUAUGUUCCCAAGACAUCCCAGAGGGAAGCUGAGGAGGUCAUAACUUCCUCAGCCAAAAUUGCUCCUUCUACAAGGGCUUUGAGGAACCUUACCCAGGCAGUUAAAGAGGUGAACUGCCCUCAACUUAGCCGUGGACUUUGCACACCUCGAAUCCGGGGCAACACCUGCUUCUGCUGCGACCUCUACAACUGUGGCAACAGGGUGGAAAUCACUGGUGGGUACUAUGAAUACAUUGAUGUCAGCAGCUGCCAGGACAUCAUCCACCUGUACCAUCUACUCUGGUCUGCUACCAUCCUCAACAUCGUUGGCCUGUUCCUGGGUAUCAUCACUGCUGCAGUCCUCGGAGGAUUUAAGGAUAUGAACCCUACUCUUCCAGCACUGAAUUGCUCUGUUGAAAAUGCCCAUCCUACUGUUUCUUACUAUGCUCGUCCCCAGGUGGCAUCGUACAAUACCUACUACCAUAGCCCUCCUCACCUGCCACCUUAUUCUGCUUAUGACUUUCAGCAUUCCAGUGUCUUCCCAUCCUCCCCUCCCUCUGGACUCUCUGAUGAGCCGGAGGCCCAGUCUGCCUCUCCUUCGCCCAGCUACAUGUGGUCCUCCAGUGCACCGCCCCGUUAUUCUCCACCCUACUACCCACCUUUUGAAAAGCCACCACCUUACAGUCCUUAAAGAGGAACACCUGUCGGCUAUUGAGAUUAUUGUGGCUUUUGUAUUUCUGCUUUAGUGGAAGUGUGUAGGGCACAACAUCUAAAGUGUGACUCUUACGCAUUAAGUUUUACAACAGCUUGCCAAGCUAGGGAAAGAGGGAUGAAGCUUUUUCAUUAUCAGGGAAGGGGAUGAUUGGCUAGGCCAAAUCCAGUACUUCCAUGAAGGGAAGUAGUUGUACUAAGUAAAAUUCUGGCUAAGAUUUUUGUUUGCUCAUGUCUGGAUAUUGAAAAAAGCUGCCCGUAUCUUACUCUGUUCUUCUUUGAGUCUUGUAAAAAUGGCUGUUGUGAUCAUUCAGCUCAGCUUUUGUUACUGGUACCUCCUAAGGGGAAAAGUGCAAUAGUCCCUCAUCUUGAGUGUUGGGAGAACAGGAAUGGUUGAUCCAGAAGCACUGAAAUACAGAGCAAGCAAGCGUGUGCUGUUUUCAGUAGAUCUCGGUAUACAUCUGACAACUUAGGAGGCAGUGUUUCUAUUAUAUGUUGCAUUAUUACAAAACACAUUUGUUACUGGAGAUAUAAAUCUUCCAGUUAAAAUUCAGAGUUUAAAAUGCUAGAUUAGAUUGGGUCGUGAUAUGAAUUGUUACUUAUCUUUGUGACUAUUUAAUCUUCAGAUAUUGUGCUUUAACCCCAGCAAACCGCACGAUCCUGCACCCAACCCCUGAAAACUCAUCUGUAUUUUAAUGCCACUGCGCUUAUUGGUCCUUUUCCCCCCUGUUGAUAUCAAUGGUGACAGCAUUCAAUUCAAGAUUAUGAAAGUGUUACAAUGUCAUUUCAAGUCUUCAAGACCUCAAAUGUAGCCAACUUGACAAAUUCUUAAGUGUUACGCAUUUAAAAUCCAUCUGGCACAUUGUGAUAGUUAUACAGCUGUUUUAAUUAUACAGAGCUUUAAACCUUCAAGCUGUUGAGUUAAAAACACUUUGGCACCUAUGCCCUCACUCUGCAUGAACACGUUCACUGGGAUUUUAUUUUAACCCGAGAACUGGUUUAAAGGAAGAUUGAUAAUCCUACACUUGUAUUAUGUAAAGUACAGGAGCUACAGAGGAUCCCUAAUUAGACAGUUGUGCAAACACAGAACCCACACUGGAAACGCUUCCAGCCCAUUUCGCUGCCUCCCAUCUUUGACAGUUAGAGGCAGCAGACAAAUGCUGGUGCUCCCAUCUACCUUGUAGACACCUGGUCUCACGAAUCAGGGCACAACAAGUGCACUCACUGUUCACAGGAAAUGUCGGCAAAAUAUUCAGUUUAACCUUCGGUGUCAGAUUGUCCUAGCCAGAUUUCCAAUCCAAAAGACCACAACCCUUUUAUGUUACAGAAAAUUACGGUUAGUUUUAGUUUUGAACAUAAUACAAUUCUAUUGGAUUUCAAAAAAGGACUAAUAACCAAUUGACUUCUUAUACAAAUACCACCUUGUACUAUCUAACAGUAUUUUUGUCAUUUACACUUUACCCCUUGCUUUAGUGAAUGUGUAUAUUUUUAAAGGCACCAUUACAAAGUAUAUCUUCAAUGAUCACAUUUCUUAAACUAUUAAGAUUCUAUGACUCAUUUCUAUGUAUUUUUCUUACUUUACAAAAUAACUUGAAACAGUAUAGAUUUUGUAACACUUAAUUUGAGCAGCUUUUUUUUAUUACAUUGAAUUAUAUAAACUGCAUGUUACUUUCGGAAAGAUUAAUAUUUGCUGCUUCACUAUUCUGCAAAACAUUUGCUGUAAUGACGGAAUUUGUAUUUCCAAUGUAUCUUGACUGCAUUUUAUAACAUUUACUGCUUUCUUCCUAAUUCUGCUUUAAAGUAUUGACCUGGGCAUGAAGUAUUAAAAUAUUAAUUCAGAACCUGUAUAAACUAGAUAUUGCUUAAAAUCUGUAUCACUGCCAUGUUGGAAACCCAGACGGCUUUUGUGAUGUUUCAAAUUAAUAAAACUUUCCUCCUCCCUACCCACUUA